CGUCGUCCGUUUGCACAACAAUCAAAGAUCACACGCCGCAACGGGGCAACGGGGAAAAUAACAACUUGUAUAAUAUUUUACAAACUGUUUGUAAUAAUAACACAAUAAGCGUUACAGCCAAGUCGAACGUUAUUUUACAUCGUAUAAUUACGAGCAAAGCUCAUCGAUCGAUCGACUGCAGCUUGGCGAUCAAUCAGCAGCGAUAGUCGUACAAGGUGGUCGUAGUCGUAACCGGAAACGUUUUUAUUUCGUGCUGCAAUCUGUACAUAAUAUACACGCGUAAGUGCCUACCUGUCGGUAUAAUAAAAUAAUAUUUUAUUAUUAUUUCAUAAAUCACAUCGCAGCGAGUGAUAGCCUGCAGUAUAAUAGUAAUCGAAUCACCGUCGCCGUCGCCGAGCUGUAAGCGUCGAUUCCGUUAUUAUACAGUCGUAUAAUAGCUAUACCUAGGUAGACCCAGUUGCUGGCCGCACGCGCAUAAUCGUCCGUAAAUACUGUAUACCAAUACUGACCAGCUAGUGUUGUGAUAUACGUCGCCAUCGUAUAGUCCAUCGCCCCGUCAUGGAUAAACGCGAUUUGACCGACGACGUGACGAACUCGCCGGACCGCAAACAACCUCUGAAGACGACCGUGAGCAUGCCGAUCCUCGGGCAGAGGAACAACGACGAAAACCGGCGCGAGAGGCGUCAGCUGAUCGGAAAAACGGAAGAGAUGUCCUCACUUCCGGACGGCGGAGACGACGACGAUCUGCCGAGGCCUGCUCUGACCAAGUCGACGAGUUGCUACUACGUGCAGCAGACGGGCGCACAACCGUCGGCCGACUGCAAACCGCCCCGAGCCGACGACCAAUGACGAGACUUUUGACGGCGACCAGUCCACAUUAUAACACAAUACGUAUUUAGGUAUAUAUUGUAUAACGGUGUAAUAUUGUAAUGUAUUGACAACGAGAGAAAAUAGUUGUAUAAUAAUAUAUACUUUUCUGCCCGAAAGCGAGGUUCAACGGAUAUGUUGUUUUUUAUUUCC